UGCAUAGCCGUUGUUAGCCUUUACUUGGUUAGCCUUACCUGACAUGACUGUGGCUUUUGUUGUUGUUUUUUUAGCUGCUUUACACAGCUGUGAUGGGAAGCUGUCCUUUGCCUCGUAUUACGGAGAUCACAUGGUGCUCCAGAAGUCUCCGCAGAGAGCUGUGCUGUGGGGAUACGCUCCUGAGGGGUCACAGGUCACAGUCUACCUGUCAGGAACAACAACACAGAAAGUCUCAUCGGCACCUGUGACAGAAGGCAUUUGGCGAGUCAGCCUUGACCCCGUAGAUGCUGGAGGUCCUUAUAAUGUGACAGCUUUAUGUCAGAACAGCACACACACACUGACAGAUGUGCUGUUUGGAGAUAUCUGGCUGUGUGGAGGUCAGAGCAACAUGCACUUUCAAACAUCUCAGAUCUUCAACGCGUCUGAGGAGCUGGCUCUUUCAUCUAGAUAUCCUCAUGUAAGGACUUUUAUGACGGCUUUCAGGAUGAGUGACUCAGAGCUGACUGAUCUAAUGCAAGUGGAGCUGCCCUGGUCUGUGCCUGCAUUCGACACUCUGAGAAAGUUUUCUGCCGUGUGCUGGCUCUUUGGUCGCCACAUGUACGACUAUUUGAAAUAUCCCAUAGGGCUAGUAGAGUCCUGUUGGGGGGGCACCCCUGUGGAAGCAUGGUCAUCGUCCAGAGCUCUAAAGCAGUGUGGACUGAAGCUGGCUGGGGACAGCACCAAAAACAAUAACUCUGUUUUGUGGAACGCAAUGAUCCACCCACUCCUCAAUUUCAGCAUCUAUGGAGCCAUCUGGUAUCAAGGUGAAGCAAAUGCACAUUAUCACAAGGACAAGUACAACUGUUCAUUCCCGGCUAUGGUUAAUGACUGGAGGAUGGCCUUCCACCAAGGCUCAGGGUUGCAGACGGCUGUCGACUUCCCAUUUGGAUUUGUCCAACUGGCCACCUAUCAAGAAAACUCAACAGAUGACACCUUCCCAGAAAUCCGCUGGCACCAAACAGCCGACGUAGGCUUUGUUCCGAACCCCAGGAUGAAGAACACCUUUAUGGCUGUGGCUUUUGAUUUGCCUGACAAAACAUCACCAUACGGCAC